AUGGUUGCAAAGGCGAUCUCUCGAAGAAAGAAGCCACAGAAAGCUAAUUCGGAUACUGCGGACGAGUUAUCCGACUCCGAUGACGGCACAACGGGUAUCGAGAAUAUUGAGAGCCUUCUGGCUUCGCUGCACAAUGAGGUAAAGAAAACGAAGCAAGGGCUGAAGAAUUUACGCAAGAAGAACAAGAAAUUGAAGCAAGAGCUGGCAUCGGAAAAGGCAGAUAAUCAAACUCCUGACAGGGCGCCAAAGUCUCAGCGAGAGGCUUUACUCGACAAGAUUGAUCGUUUGAAAAAAUUUCGUGACAAGGAAUUGAGGGAAGAAGCGGAAGCUCUACUUACUGAAAAGCAACUGGACGCAGGAGCAGGGAGCGAUCCAAUCCACCGCAUGACGAAACUCUUACGCAAAUUUCAUGAUUUGAUGAUGGUUACAACAUUGGAAGAAGAUGGCCAGUCGGAGGAUUGCGUUAUUUGUCUGGAGAAGAUGAGAUUGAAAAAGUGUUACGGCCUCCCUUGCGAGCACAUGAUCUGUGAUACUUGCUUACCAAAAAUGUGCAAGGGAGCGGAUGAGACUGUGCGUUGCCCAACGUGCCGGGAAGUUUGCCCCAGAGAAGUUAUUGAACUAAUAACAUACACGGAACAAGACAGAUGGGAUGCGCUGCUGAAGGUAGCGGAAGCUUGGGGAGCAGGGGAUCGCAGAAGAGAAGCUGCGACGAGCGAAGAAGAAGCUGAAGAGAAUUUUGUUGAUGAUGAGACUAAGAGUUAUACUUCUUCGCUACGUGCGAAUAGUGCCGACGAAGACAGCGAGUCUUCAGAUUCAGGGCCCUUCAAGCCUCAAACAGUGGAACGACAACCUUACCUCCAAUCACCCGUCAAGGAAAAACGUAAACGAAUGGAGGAGCUUGCUGCACGUAAAAAGAGAAAAUGA